ACAAGACUGUUUUGAAGAACAAAGUAAGGCUUCAUUUCCAAAUGGACUUUGAGGGUCUGGAUGGAUGAAGAUAAACAUUUGUCAUAUUUGUCAAUGUCAGAUGCAACAAAUAUGUUUCAGCAUGUCUUGCCAAUGAUUUUAGCACUAAUUCUACAAACUCAAUGCUUUGUUCAACACCUAAAAUAAAAGACAAUUGUCUACAGUCACCAAGCAGAGAGGCUCACUGCCAGAUAUCACAUUCAAAGUCAGUUCGAGUUUCUUCAAGAAAGAAAGGAGCCUCUCUGCAGUUCCCUACAGAACCAAGUGAAGCUGUCAGCGUAUCAGUUCAAGCCCAUGAGGUUCCUCAGAAAACUGUGGCAACUGAUGUUGGUUCUAAAACACCUGACUCAAGAAAAAUGUCAAAUAAAAAACUCAAAGAUCAUCACAAUGAUGCCAAUGAGGAAUUUUACUUAUCUGUUGGUUCACCUUUUGUUCUUUUGGAUGCAAAAACAUCGGUACCACAAAAUGCUGUUUCAUCUAUUGGCCAACAGAGAGAGACCUACACUUUUGAAGAUUCAGUAAAUGUGUUAUCUUCAAGUACAGAGAUUUCUCUUAAAACCAAAAAAAGGUUAGACUUUGAAGAUAAAGAUAUUUUGAAGAAAGUAGAAACAGAGAAUAAAGUAUCAGAUAUAGAGGAUGAAGUAUCAGAAAGACCACAAGAGAGAAACCCGCCAGAAACACUUCAGAAAAUAAUGCAAGGUUCAGAACAUGAAAUUCAACCACAAGCCAAAAAGAGUUUUUCUUCCUUGUUUUUAGAAACAUUAAAAAGAAAAAGUGAAUCCAGUCCUGUGUUUAGGCAUAUAGCAACUGCUCCACCUCAGUCAUCUCCUGCAACUCAUAUGAAUUUGGAGGAUGAAUUUAUAAUUGAUGAAUCAGAUAGUUUUGCCAGUCAGUCUUGGAUUACUAUACCAAGAAAGGCUGUGCCUGGGAAACAAAGCACAGUAUCCCCUACUGAGAGCACUGCACGCCUUCAAAGUAAGAAGUCAAGAGAAAAACAUCACAGUGUAACACCUACAACUUUGACAAAUGACAAACAUUCUGGCAAAGCUCACCCACUAGAGAAAUCUCAGCCCUCUGAUCAAAGAAAACUGGGUAGGAAUUGUGCUUUGGCAGAUGAAAUGGAAAACAGAUCUACAAAAACUGAAAUGUAUUCUAAAAAUGCAGAAAAAUCAUCUGGAAACAAAAGGACUACAACACAAAAACAGAAAAAAAAACUUAAAGUCAAUGAAGAUAUGAAACAAGGUAAAGAUAAAAAUAUAAAUAUGUCACCUAUUGCCAAAGACAAGUCACAAAGAAAUUCAGACAGAAGUAUGAAAGCAUGUAAAGAGAAGAGAAAUGUUCAUAUUUCCAAAAAACGGGUGCCACCUGUGGGAAGUAAGAAAAGUAGCACCAAUGUUCCUCAUACAGCAAAUCAGGGGAAAAAUAGGGAAUGUGAAAAAGAAAAUUUUUCAAAUGGAUCCAGGAAGAACAGUCUUGUACUUGAAGAAGUGACUUUGACUGUCACAAGAAGUCAAAGAAUUUCCAGGCGUCCAUCUGAUUGGUGGAUGGUAAAAUCAGACCAAAGUCUUUUUUAUAGCAGUACUUCAGUAAGGAAUGAAUUGCCAGUACAUGACAACAGUGGGCGAAAAUCUGCUAAAAAAACAAAUCAAUCAUCUAAGAAUAUUGGGGGAAAAACUGUUCCAUUCAAAGGACGGAAGAAAACUACAGGCCGCUCAAAAACACAGAAGACUUUAAAUGCAAAAGAUUCGAGAAGAAUUAUUGACCAUAAUGAAAUUUCUGGAUCUUCCCCGAAUGAAUAUUUGGAAUGUGAUGAGGCAGACAUGGCUAAAAAGAAAGAUGCUGAUCAUUCUGGAGUUGCAGGAAGCUCAAAAGAUGAAGAUAGUGUUAUGACCGCUAAAAAUGUUCAUCUAAAACCUCAGAGCAGUGGACAUCCAUGCAAGACACCAGCAGAGUCUGACUCUGAUUUUGAAGAACCUAAAACUUUAGUUUUGGAAGGAAGUGGACCUUUCAGACUCAAGAAUUAUUUAAUGUCUGGAAAGAAUAAUUCAGAUGUAGAUGAUGAGGAAGUUCAGGAAAAUUCAGAUAACUCAAGAGUAAAAAGAUUUGGAGUGGCACAAAAGAACAAAAUACAUCACAAAUUAGUAUUGCCCUCCAACACACCAAACCUGCGCAGGACCAAGAGGAUACGAUUGAAACCUUUGGAAUACUGGCGGGGGGAGCGAGUAGAUUAUCAAGAAAGGAAAUCGGGAGGAUUUGUGAUCGGUGGAAUAUUGUCUCCCGAAACAGUAUCGUCUAAAAGAAAGGCAAAAGGAGAUACGAAAAAAGCCAAGCAGAUAGUUAAUAGGAAAAGGAUCUGUCUUGAUAACGAUGAAAGAAAGAAAGAAUUAGUCAUAGAUCUGAAUAUACCUCUGGGAGAUCCUUUGCAGCCAACGUGGGUAAGGGAUCCGGAAACAAGAAAGAUUAUUCUCAUGGAGCUUUUAAAGCCACGAGAUACAUAUACAUUUUCAGUUGAGCAGGAUGAGUUGAAAGUGUAUAAAACAUUGGAUACACCCCUUUUUUCUACUGGAAAAUUGAUAUUAGGGCCACAUCAAGAAAAGGGAAAGCAGCAUGUUGGCCGGGAUACAUUGGUUUUUUAUGUUAACUUUGGUGACCUUUUAUGUACCUUACAUGAAACAUCUUAUGUAAUAACAACUGGGGAUUCAUUCUAUGUUCCUUCAGGUAAGAGUAAUUAAUGAUAUUUUUUUCACAUGGUUAAAUAUUUAUGUAGUUGCUCAUGAGCACAUAAAAAUGAAGUGUGGUCAAAAUGAAGUGUGAUGUGACUGAUGCCAAAGAAGUGUGAUAAAUAUUUUCUUUGAAUUUUGUACAUUAGUGUUUUGAUACAUGAAAAUUGAAUGAGUUAGUUUCUUUAUUGCUGAAUAUGAAAAUCUGUCGUUGUAUCCAGGUGGAGGGAAAAUUAUUUCCCUUGGAUUAUCUCUAAGACAUUAUGUAGUCAAACAGUUUUUCGUAGUUCAUUUUAAACAUAUAGAAUAGUAUGGUUCAUCAGUUAUUGAAAGGAUCUUUGGAAAUAGGAAUAUUAAUUUGUUCAUUCAUUUCAAAAAUGUUAUUGAAAGUCUGUCAAGCUUUGCUCUAAGAAUGUGGGAUAUAUAACAAAACAGGCAAAAUUCCCUGCCCUCAUUGAGCUUACAUUCUAAUGAAAGGAGACAGUAAUAGUAGUUAUGUUUGUAUAGUCUUUUAUGUAUGUCAGCACUGUGAUGAACACUUUACAUUUUAUUAACUCAGUUUAUCUUAGUAUGUAUCAAUUUCCAAUAUAUAGAAAGUCACAGUAUAGUACUCAAUGCUAUGAGUCUGUCUUUGUUUUCUGUUAAUCUGUAUUUUACUUUAGCUAUUAUUUAUUACCUAAUUUAUGUAAGAAUAGCAUUUGCCUUUUUUUUUAACUUUGAGAUUUUAUUUUACUAAAUAUUUUACCUUUUAUAUUUACCUAUUUAUACAUAUGUCUAGGGGAAUCCAUAGCCAUUCCCAAACCCUAAUAACCAUUGGGCUCCGAGAGAUUUUAUUUUCUUGCAUCCUUGUCUAAUUUAUUUUUAUGUUUAUUAUCAAUAUGAUAUGAAAUUAACAUCCUUUUAAGCCUUAUGUG